CGUGUAAAUCAUGGCGGACAGAAGUGCGAAGGACAAAGAUCGGAAAGAGGAUGACGAAUUAGAUGAACUUCUUGAUAGUGAGUUGUUUUUCGAAUAUUAGCUGCUCUUGCUCGAUAAUUUUUAGCCUUAAUUUUUCUCGCUUGAUUUUAAGCUCAGGACCAAAAUAAAAACUGCCCAUUCACCUUCGAACUCAGCUGAUUGCAAAUUAUAUUACUCUGUAACUUAACUUUCUUGCAAUAAUAUCAUUCACAGGAGAAAUUUUCAUUUCGAUCUUUGGUUUAUUUUUGUCUCUUUUCUUAUGGGAAUAUUUCCUAUCGUCAGUUAGCUAGCUCAAUGCAAUUUCUUCGUACUUAAAUGAACAUAAAAAAUUAUCGUAUCAUGGGAUCAUUUUUUCAUGACCAGGCCGUUCACAGAAAUGCAACCCGGUAAUGUCACCAAUUUCUCAAUUCCUAUUGCACGUGUGUGAUUCUUGUCGUAGCCCCUUUAAAGUAACUCCCUUUAGCAGAUUUUAAGAGUGCCUGAUCAGCUGUUAACUAAAUAAUUGUCUUGAUAUUGUAAAGAAACAUUACAUCUUAAUCAGUUUUGGGAAGGAAAGAGGUAACUCAGUGAUAAAUAUGGCGUGAUAGAGGUGUGCAUAAGGGUCAAGUUGGCUUCUUUCAGUCACUGCUCAUCUUGUGGCUCAAGAUGCUCAGAGUUGUGAUGAUAUGAGUAAUGACUAUCAUUUCUUUUAUCCUCAAGUUGUCGUUAUGUAGCUUAAAUAACCCUUAAAAACUCAAAGUGACCAGCGUCUAAUUUUUCCUUGAAAUAUCAACCCUGAAUCAAUCAGUAAGAUUAUGAGAAUAAAAGAAAUGAUCACCAACUAAAGAAGGUCUUGAUUGUGAAACAAUUAUUUGUUAUCAGCAGUUUGAGAAAUGUAUAGAGAACAAUUUACAAUUUACUAAUAAUAGUAUAAAGGGUUAACCAUUUACACCACAACAUCAGUAUGCAUAUUCUCUAUACAGUUCUCUAUACAAUACCAAGGGAGCUGACAAGGAGAAUUUGUAUAACAAUCAUGAGGUUCUUUAAUUGGUGAUUGUUUCCUUAAUUCUCAUGACAUUUAUGUGUGAUUCAGGUGUGAUAUUGUAGGGAGAAAUUAGAUGCUGGUCAUUCUUAGGGGUUAAAUGGUUAAUAUGGCAUGAUAAAGGAGUGCCUUUGAGCCAAGUUGGGUCAUUCUGUUCACCGCUCCUUUUUUAUUCUUUGGCCAGGGUUGUUUUCACAUGAUGAAAACUUUCAUUUCUUUCUAAUGUACUGUUGACUCUGGUUGACUCUGGUUAGGUUAGCCCUUUUAUUGAAAAAGAUAAAAGCUCAACAUAAUCAAUGAUUGAUUCAAUGUGGAUAAAUUUAGAAAAUAACUCAUUUGCUCUCUCUUUGUUUCCAUUUUCUGUUAAUCUUUUUUUUUAGGUGCAUUGGAAGAUUUUGACAGCAAAGCACCAUUGGCAACAAAACAUAGCUCACAAACUGAUUCAGAAAAUGGAGAAAAAUUGUCAGAUUCUUCAAAAAAUCCCUGUAACAGCAGAAAAUCAACACUGAAAACUGAGGGAAGUAGUAGUGCGUCAGCUUCUUCUCAACAAACCACUGAUCAUGCUCGUUCAGGAGUUGACUUCAGCCAAGUAGCUGGCCUAGAAGAUUUGGAAAAUGCAAUGAAAUCAAUUUUAGGAGAUGAGCCAGAAUUGCUGGCACAACUUGAACAGUUUGCUGAAGCUGCAGCCAAUGCAGAACCUGGUAAGAUGUUUAAACAUUUAUUACAUCCAUUUUGAAAUCACUAGUGCUCCUUGCAAUCUGAUUGGCUCUCAGCAAUGCAAUUUAUUUGUAUGUACACCAAAAAAAAACUAUGAAUACUGCUUAAUAUGUUAUUCUGAAUGAAAAAAUAUUUAUUUCUCAGAUAAUCCAUCAUCAGUAGCAGAUCUCGAAGCCAAUCUGGCCAGAACUAUGAAUCAUUUGGCUCAGAAUGCUAAAGAUUUAGAGGUGAUUAUUAAGUUCUGAAACUGUUAAUCAAAGUUGAUAACAUGUUGAAUGUAAAUUUUUGUUGCAUUUAUUCCUGUUCCAUGAUCAUUUUACAAGCAAUAGUGUUACCAGUCACUUUGUCAGCAUGUCAACUCAUCAAUGUCGACUUUAUGCCUACUUUGGUCAACGCACCAACACUAAUUUUUUUUAAUUUAAUAUCAAAGACCAAAGACAACUGUCAGCAAGUUGAAUAAUUUUGACCAAUGUUUCUUUGCCUCUUGCUCACGACAAAACGAAAAAAUAACUUUCUCUAAUAACUUGUAAUUUUCACCUUCCAAUAUCUCUUUCUGAAAAUUCAGGGGUACAUUGGUAUAGCUCAGUGACAAAUUGGUAGACGUUUGUCAUGAUUGAAAAAUAGUGAUGAUCUUAUAACUUGCAAAAUGUGUUCAGUUAUGAAUUAUCAACAGCAAAUACUCUUCCCUGAUCUAGAUAUUUUAUUUGUUACUUUCUGUACAGAAUGCUGGGUCUCUUAAUGAAGAUUUCUUCAAGUCAAUGGCAGACAUGAACUUGUCUGGUGGUGAUGGAGACAUGGAUUUCCUUCCAUUGAUGCAGGGAAUGAUGCAGAACUUGCUAUCCAAAGAUGUACUUUAUCCGGCAUUGAAAGACUUGAGAGAAAAGGUGAACUUGUAUAUAAACUAAGUGAUCUAAGAUUAAGGCUAGAUACAAAAAUCCAGAUUUUUUUCCUGGACUUUUAAAGUCAAUGGGAUUGUUAGAAAAUUUGAGGAAUUUUUAGAACACUUAAGGAUUUUAGGCCAAUAACAUGAAAAAUAAUUUACAGCUUAAUUUUUCUUCCACUGUUUUCAAGCAGGCUUCAUGAAAAUGUUAAACUCUUUUAACUGUUUAUUAUUAUUGCUACUGAUUUUUUUAAAGAGAACUGUGUAAGGAUAUGAAGCUGAUAAGCCACUUACAUUGUCUAGCAAAUAAACUCUUUUGAAAUUCUUCUUGAAAUGAAUUGGUUUGAAGGUGCUUCCAUGCAAUUUUACCACAGGGAUCUCACAUUUUAUGUGAAUUAUGUGGUUAUUUCAGAAACAAAAUUGAGAUUAACACACAAGUUAGACACUUUUUGGAGAAUUUCUGCAUAGAUUUUUAGGCCAUGUUUUUGGAAUUUUUUUCAUCUAGGCCUCUCAGAGAUUGUGUGUUUGGCUAUAAGUGUUAGUUUAGUUCAAAGGUAUCUUUUUUUUUCUCCUGGACUGAGAGAAGUGCUAGAGUUACUGUAAAACAUCUUCCCUGACAACACAAUGCAAUAGCCUGACUAGGGGUCCAGUUUCUCUCAAAGGCUCUUACAAGUAACGGUAUGGACCUGAAAAACUAAUUUUGGUUGAAGUGUUAAUGUUUAAGGUCAAGAAAUUGAUAGUUUUGACAUUCAAACAAUUAUAAUAGUUUUGUAACAGGUCACCAAAAAGGAAAGAGCAAGUUUUUGAGCUUAUACCUAGUAUUAUUUAAAAUUGUGUUUAAAAUUAUGGAUUUGGGUCCCAAUAGACUAUGAGCAAUUCCUCCUCUUCGGCAAAGUCACCUCACUCCAAGAGCCCUCCAAGGUGCGCUAACAUUAUCAUUUCUUCUUUGAAUCUUUUUGACACACACAAUGGACUUUGCCAAAAAUGAGGGUUGCUUGUAGUGCAGGGUUUCAAAAAAUUUACAAGGACCUUCAAGAAACUGGCCUCAGGGCUUGAACCCACACCUCUAGUGGUUGUUUGUUAGGCUUAGCUUACAACAUCAGAAUGUAGCAGCUGAGUUUUCAGUUCUGAUGGGGGAUACUGUAGACAUGCUCAUGAAAACAUUCCUUCAUUUGCAAUGGAUUAAUUAACAAUUAUUCACCAAAGUGAAGGUGAAUAGUAUUGGAUAUUUACUGAGCCGUAAAGCUGCAAGGUAAAUAUCCACGACUUCCACUGUCUCUGAGGUGAAUAAUAGUUUCAGUGUAUACCCCAAAGACACUAAAAACAUACUAGUUUAUUUUUUGACAUAUGGAAAAUUACUGUAAAAUUAAACCCUUGAUGCCUGAUUUUGUCACACUAGUUGCUUAGAGGUGAAGACUACUUGCUUUUCACUUUCAAAUUAGCAAAUCAGUGCACACAAAAAGCACUUUCACAGAGUCUUACAUGCUAAUUUUUGAUAUUUAACCUUAAAUUUUAGUAUCCUGGGUGGUUAGAAGACAAUAAAGCAUUGUUAACAUCCGAGGAGUUUGCUCGUUAUGACAACCAGUAUAAAGUGGUGGGUAGAAUUUGUUCAGAGUACGAGGCUGAGAGCAGUAGUGACUCAGAUGAUGUGAGGAAAAAGCGCUUUGAAAAGCUACUUGGACUCAUGCAACAGGUGAUUAUGUUCAAAUUCACCCUUUUACCUUCAAGAUUUUAAACCUUUAGUGUGGUAACAUGUCUACUUAGCCAGCUCUGUGAAAUCUUAUGUGGUCUAAUAAUGGCAGAUUGAAGAUUUUUUUGCCUUAUGUCUCUUUGGGAGGCUAUUGUUAACUAAAGUAAAGUUGUCAUUUUUAGCCCAACUUAAAUACAGUCACAGUAAAUGAGAGUAAAAAAAAGGUAUGUGUGAUGUUAGACUAAGGUUAAUUUAUUUGCAUUUGUUGAUCAUCUUCUAGAUGCAAGAAUGUGGGCAGCCUCCAUCAGAACUUGUUGGAGAAAUGGUAUGAUCAGUUCUAGGUGUGAUAUGUAAUGAGGUUGAGACUUAAAGUUAUUUUUUAUUUGUUUUAUUUAUUUCCAGCCUGAUUUGCAUUUGACUGCUUUAAUGGUCUUAAAUGGGUGGAGAAACAUUUGUGCCAAGAGAAAAAUUUGAUGCUUCAGUGGUAGUGCUGUGAAAAACAAAAUAUUUAAAAUAGGAAUUUCACAGUAGUAUCUCCAAGAAGUAGCUUUACAUCAACUGUUUCCAGAUUGAACUGGUAUUUGGGAGUUGGUUUUUCAGAGACAGGAAUAGCAGAGAUCUUGAAGAAAAUUGUCACUGGUAGUGCAAGAAUCCACAAACUUACUUGUUAAUGCUUUGUUUUUUAUCACUGUCAUUAAUGUCAGAUAUUUAUCACUUUUUUUCCUCCACUAGCCUCCAGGGUUCCCUGGGCCUUUUCCAGAAAUGCCUCAAGAGGCACCAGAGUUACCAGAUGAACUAAAAAAUGAAUGCAAAGUGUCUUAGCCUGUAGGACACAAGAAUGAAAACAAUGCAGCAUCACAUAUUGCUUGCAAUGGACAAAAAAAAGCUCUUUGCAAGGGCUUUCUUAGUUUUGUGCAAGAGUGAGGCUAUCAAAAGGGACAUAUCUAAGACAAGUUGGAGAAAUGAUAACGUUACAAUUAUUUAAAAGUGAUUUAUCAUUUCAUUUGUGUUCAUGAAAGAACACAUGUAUUGGAAGUGAGGUACUGCUGGACUGGACCUCUGGUAUUGGAAAGUGAGGGAAGUUAUUAUGAAAAACUGAGUGGAACUUAUAUUCAGAGUCAAGUUGGGAUAUUUUAUAAAACUCAUACAAUAAUUACUUUAACAUGCAACACCAAUAGUGAAACAUGCCUGUUACUACAUCAUUUGUGUCUAAAAUUUACAAUGUAUAAGUCAAAGUUAUGGUUUGGUGGCAGAAGAAUCGGUUCAGCUACAGUGUAAUUCGCUAGUUGUGACUGGCCACUGUUGAGAGACAGAAUGGUUUUCUUUUUAAGCCGUUUUAGUUAAGGACAAAUUUUUAACUAUUUGGUGCUCCAUAAAUCUGUGGUGGGGUUGGGGGGGGGGGUGGUUCUGAAGUUAAACAAUCCUCACACACAGGAGUGAAGGAAAAUGAUGAAAUUGUCUCAAGGUCAUUCUUUUAAGAACAGGUGUACAUGUAAUAAAAGGAUGUUUUUUGUUGUGUAUCUUAAAUUUAAUCUUGAGCAGAGAGAAUAUUACAUGUUGCGAAUCCAGUCUUAGUACCAACUGCACUUUCUUCACUCAUUGAGAGAUAUGAUAGGGUAGACAGGGAAAUAAAUCCAGUUCUCGAACUCAAGGAAAAUCUUUUUCUAAAUUUAUCAGCACUAUGUCAUUUUAAGUGGUUACACCCCGCCCCCCCCCUUUUCCUAGGAAGAAUUCAAAGUAAAGUGGGACACAAGGGAUGUCCAGUUUAUCCAUGGCGUUAUGUCCUCUGUUAGAAGGACAAAUCCUGUAUCUGUUACAGGAUGAUUCAUGUGAUCAGUGAAAGAAGGGAGUGUACAGUCCAACUUGUAAUGGGCAGUCAGUAGUCACCCAUGGAUAUUGGCAAGCUGAAUGUUAAAUAGUUUGACCCCCUAAUACAGGUUGACCUGCAAAUGAUGAGUGUGGU